UUCUCGGUUUUUCUGUGUGGAAGUAAUGUGUUUGUUAACUUAAGUCAAGGAAUUUAUAUAUUGCAUUUACCGUCAUAUUCAAAAGAUGUAGGUUUCAACCAAAAUGACUUUGGAACUGUGCUCAUGGUUUAUGGUAUAUCAAAUAUCAUUGGCAAAGUAUUUUAUAGUUUUUUAGGUCACCAUCCACAAGUUAAUGUAAUGGCUGUAUAUACUAUUUCACUUACAAUGACUGGAAUAAGUAUGGGUCUAACUCCAGUGUUCCUCACAAGAACUGGGAUGCUUGUGCUAGCUGGCUGUGUCGGAUUUUUCUUCUGUGUAACAGGGGCAUUAAUCAACGCUAUUGUCCACAGUAUUGUCGGAUUUAAAAGGUUUCCAGACGGGAUCGGAAUGUCAAUGCCGUUUAAAGCAACAGGUAAUCUCAUCGGAGGGCCAUUAGCGGGUGUCUUGCUGACAAUUACUGGAAGUUAUGCCUUUUCAUUUUAUAUGGCCGGUGUCAGUAUGAUUUUAGCAUCUUGUCUUAUGGUCCAUCCAAUAGUUCAUAUAAGACAACGAGAAAAGAAUCACAAAAACAAAAAUAUCAAUAUUGUUUGUGAACAGGACGUAGUAAUCGACGGGAAAGCAUCGUUUAAUAAGGCAGACAAUCAGGAAAUAAAAGAGCAUGAUGAAAAACAAUGCGAACCAUUUUUAUGUAAUAAUUCAAAGAUGAUGGACACAGACACGGGUGACAGAAUUUAUGAAGAGAUUCCAUGUUUGGAUAGCGAAAAAUAACGACACAUCUUUUUAAUUGUUUGAAAAUAAUAAUCAUCAUGAUAUUAUUAAAUCAAAUAGAGAAAGAAGAAAUUGCUAAAGAAUGUCCAAAAUUGCAACACUGAAAAUCUUGCAGGCUCGGGUUGAUUAAGCCUGUUUUUGGGAAGAUACUGGAAAGUACAUGCUACCAUACAAGUCAACGCCCCCUAGCACCGACUAAAGCAAAAUUCAUUAGUUGUGAAUAUUAUACAAAUCAAGACCAUUCACGUGGUAUUACAUUCAUUGAAAAUUGAAGAACUACGAAUAUGGUAUAUUAUUUAUCUGUGUUUAGUAACGUUAAAAGAUUAUCUAGCAUACACAUAUUAGUAUUGUUAGAUAAUUUCUCAAUACAGUUAUAUGAUGUCAUCUGAUCUAGAAACCUUAUUAUGACAACUCAUAUAUUCAGGGGAUCGAGCAAUGAUGGAACCAUAUGUUUGUGGUCUGAUAUUGAUCUCAUUUCGUAUGACAAAAUAUACAACUUUUGCAAUAUCAAAUAGUAUGUCAAAUUUCCUUUAUGAAGUAUAAUUUUAGUAAUAUAAAGACAAGCAAAAAUCAUUACAAACAUUUAAAUAAAAAUGUAUUUUAAAUAAUUUAUUUUCGUGAUUUUUUUCGGAGCGUCAUGGAAAAACGAGAAUAUAAUUAUUUAGCGAUGCAUCUUUGAAGACUGAAAAAAGGCAGAACCCUUGGAGUGAGAUAGGAAAAAAGACAUUUGACACAAAUAUGUUGUGGUCGAAAUCGAAGUCAACAGAUAUAUUGAAUAUUAAUCAUGACUGAAUAUAAAGUUGUCUUAAUAUGUAUUAAAUUGUAAUUUCAUAAAUAAUUGUCGAGAUGUCUCAGAAAUCAUUACUUUUUUAUUCAUUACAAAGAUCAAACAUGUGCACAAUUAUGUGAAAUGAUAAUGACUUUUGAGCAUGUUAGAUGAAGAAAGUAGCGAUGAACGGGCAAUAAUGCAUAAUAAAAGUAGAACAAAUUAUA